AUGUCUAGACUCCGCUCGUUACUUGAAUCUGCAUCUGUUUCUAUCGAUGCAGCAAUAACUGAAAUCAAUAGUCGUGAAAAGGCCGAAGAACAAGAAAUACGCUACAUCUUAGAUGGCGAUUCCAUUAAAGCUGUCACUAGCACUAUAUCUAUCCAUAAGACAACUCCCCAUAAUAAUAAUGAAAAUUUGAAUGUCAACGAUGACAAGAACUCUGCAAUGCGCAAUUCACCAAUCAUUACAAUCCCUAAUCUUUCGUCUACGGUCGAAACCGAACGCAAACCAACCGGAACAGUCAUGUCAAAACUUGCACAAGUUUCACAAAAUCUCACUGAACCUCUUUCCGAUUUGGAUAUUCCCGAUAAAAAACAUUGGGCGAUCAGCACACUUCUCGAUGAAAGCGAUGUUGCUUAUAUUGCUGCUAAGAAGAGGUUCCUUGAAGGAUUACCGCAAGCAACUAUACGAGCCAUUAUACGGUUGCAAAUGCCUCAAUAUAUUGUUGACCGUCACAUUGCGUAUAAAGAACGCAUGGCUUCAGAGUGGAAUACAACACCUGCUCAAAUAACGCAGAAGAUGUACCAUGGUACGCAGAAGGCUUGCGAUCCGUUCAACCUUAUAAAUGGCGGGAGGCGUUGUGAAAACGCUAUGUGCGGCUUAUGUGGAAUAAUGAGAGAAGGGAAUAAGGGUGAAUUAGGACGAUGCGGAGGAACCCGAAUGUGGUUUGCAAAUUCGUCUUCGAUAUCUCGUGGUUAUUCGGGAAAUGGUGGAAUAUUAGUUAUGUUUAUGGUGGAUGUUAUAUAUAACUCUCCAAAUCAAAUUAUAAUUGUAGAUAGAAAUGAGUUGGAUAAAAUCGACUUAUUUCGCGUUGUAAGAGCGAUCGAGGAUACAAUAUCGGAUGAUUCCCACAUUUCGCUUCGAGACUUGAAGGACCCUUCCGUCGAAGGACAAAUCUGUGGCGCUCGUUCCCGUUACGUUCAUCUCCAUGUGACUACGCCCACAAUGAAGUCGGCUUUGCUGUGGGAAACUGUAGCCAAUUGCACCACUACGAAGGCUAGGGUUUCUAAGCUUAUACUGCCCCAUGGAACAGUGGAUACACCAGUAUUUAUGCCUGUUGCUACUCAAGCAUCUUUAAAAGGCAUUACAUGUCAGCAAUUAAUGAAUUUGGGAUGUCAGAUCAUGUUAAACAACACGUAUCAUUUGGGAUUGCGACCGGGACAAGCAUUAUUAAAUGAGGUUGGGGGUGCGCAUAAACUGCAAUCAUGGGAAAGGAAUCUUCUUACGGAUUCUGGUGGAUUUCAAAUGGUCUCUCUUCUGACGCUUGCUGAAAUUACCGAGCAAGGCGUACAAUUUCAAUCGCCACAUGAUCCCAACUCGUCUAUACUGCUCACACCCGAACACUCCAUAGAAUUACAAAACAGCAUUGGUGCAGACAUCAUAAUGCAACUUGACGACGUUGUAUCGUCACUUACUACUGGACCGAGAGUCGAGGAAGCAAUGUGGAGAUCAAUCAGAUGGUUGGAUCGAUGUAUAAAGGCUCACAAGAGACCACAUGAUCAGAAUCUAUUCGCGAUCAUACAAGGGGGGUUGGACGCGGAAUUGAGGAAUACAUGUCUGAAAGAGAUGAUAAAAAGGGAUACUCCUGGUUAUGCAAUUGGUGGACUGAGUGGCGGUGAGGAGAAGAACGUCUUCUGGAGAAUAGUUACCCAAUGCACAGAUGCACUUCCUAAAGACAAACCGAGGUAUUGCAUGGGCGUAGGUUAUGCAGAAGACAUUGUUGUCUGUUGCGCGUUAGGAGUUGAUAUGUAUGAUUGUGUGUACCCGACUCGAACAGCUCGUUUUGGUAACGCGUUGACUGCUCAAGGUACACUAAGCCUGAAAAAGGCCCGAUUUGCAACCGAUUUCAAUCCAAUCGAAUCUGAUUGUGACUGUCUCACAUGCAAAUCGUACACGCGAGCUUAUGUGCAUCUCCUUGCCACGCGUGAAACUGUAGGCUGUCAUUUGAUUACGCUCCACAACUUGGCGUAUCAAUUAAGACUAAUGCAACAGAUUCGAACGGCAAUUAAGGAAGACAA